AUGCAUUUAAGGGUCUUACUUUCAAUUGCUUUUUUUUCCUUCAUAUACGACUUUAGGGUCUUUUCUAUCGAUUCACCAAAGUCAAUUGCAUUACAUGAGGUGGAUGAGUCCGUUAUUCAGAAAGAAAUUAAUGCAAGACACAAUAUUGGUUCUAAAACUUCUAACUCGCAUUCAUUAUUAACUAGACUUGCGCCAUUUAACUACUGUGGAACUCUUUCCAAGCUAGUAAGGUCAAAGUACCAAUGGAAGGACGUUUCUUUUAUCUGGCAAAAGAGAUUUAGGAGAUUUGGAUAUUGGGUUUGCUUCAGAGAUUGUGGAGGAGGAGGAGACUGCCUCUACAGCUCCAUUAUAUCAUCCUUGAAUUUGAAUAACACCAAUGUUUCUUCACUUAGAAUGUUAGUUGCAGACCGUUUUGUAGGUCUUAACACUACUUCAAUUUAUAGUCCCAACAAAAACGUAAAAGCUGUUGAUAUUAAUAAGAUAAUUGAUGCAGCCGGAAAUAUUUUAAGUACCUCAAAUUCCACUAAUAGCACCUACACAGGCUCUAGUUCAGGUUUUAAUUCUACAGAAAUUUUGAGUAAUUGGAACGAAACAAUCUAUUUAGAAAGAAUGAACAUACUUGCUACAAUGGAGGCAAUUGGUGAAUGGCAAGAUUCAUGGUCUCCAGCUAGUAUACUAAAUAAUGACUUUGUUUAUGGAGUAGAUGUAUCUACAAAUAUUAAAAAGGCCUUUUUGGUACACAAACUUUUAUCCAAACCUGGAAACACUCACUGGGGAAAUGAAUGGGAUGUGAAUUAUAUCGAGAGCAUCUAUGACGUUAAGGUCAUAAUUCUAUGGAAGAAUAGGGGGAUCUUCUACCCUACGCUUGGAAAUAAACAGGGAUUCAAACGAAUAGUUUUAAUUUAUUACGAUGAUUAUAUAGGGCAUUUUCAGGUAGUAGGAAUCAAGAAGAUGAAUUCAUCAUUUAGAUCUGACCUAUUGUCAGUAUUUGAAAAAGAAAGAGUUCCCACUUCACUCAAAAAACUAUAUAAGGAUGAUACAAGCAAUGAUUUAGAAUAA